AAACAAAAUAGAAGUGCGUGGUUAAAAUCUUUCGGGUUUUUCGUGUUACACCGUGUAACAUAGAGUCAAAUACCUAAUUUACGUUAUCGAAAUACCUAAAAUCCGAACUUGGUACUGGAUCCACAACUGGAUCACUGCCAGCCGUUGCAACGACAAAACCAAGUAUAGCGCGAUCAUUCAAAUGCUUUCCGAUAAGUUUUUAUUGCUUGUGAUUCAGGUUAUUGUUUUAUUCCUCCAUAAAGCAGAAAUUUAAAUAUGCUCAUGUUUCUGGACUAUACGUAAAAUUGCAUUUUGCACGAUGAAUUUUAUAUUUAUUUGUUUCUUCGGAAGUUUAUUGGAGUGCUACGAAGGAUAUACGAUUAUGAACGGUUACAUGGGUCAACAUUGUCGCGAUGGAGACAAGCCCGUAGCAUGGUGGUACAUAUACAAGCCUCCAGCCGGCGUGGUCCAUCCAAGCGGACAGAACUUCAGCUUCUUAACGCCUGACACCGAGGGCCGUUGGAUACAGGCGCUUCACGGCAUCACUGAAGCCGAUAUGCUGAGUAAAACUUUGAUGCCCGACUACAAGCAGCGUUCGUACAUGGACCACGGCGGCAGAGCCCUGACCAUAUUCGAAUCUCGUCACGGCGCGCCCGGGUCUUCGGCGCGUGGGGUAGUGAUGGCAGAUUCUGAUGGCGGGUUGCUGCUGACGCAUACCGUACCCGGGUUUCCGCAGAAAUUCAGUUCACUACCGUUGUUCCCAAUCGAGGAGCUGGAAAACGGGCACUUACUAGUUUGCGUCUCUCUGGAUUUUGGCGCUCUGAACAAGGUUGCUCGAGCCAUAAAAGAGGUCACACCCAACAUCACAUACUCAUAUAUGCCCAAAUCGCUGGCUCAUCUACUACCAGAAUGGGACUUCGACAGACCUUCCCCGACUCUUUCUCCCUUCAGGCUACGGCCAUCAAUAUAUUCUCUUAUACGAGUGAAUAGAACUAGUACAGGGGAAAUCCCUCUGCCUUUAAAGCCCCCGUACUACGAUAGCAACAGUGGUCCUGUAGAAAUGGUAUUGGUGGCUAGGCCACCGGGAGUGAAGAGUUGUAUCUAUUCUUCGUUUGCAGCGCGGCAACUAGUCAUGCUGAAUGUGUAUGGACAAUCGCGUAGCACAUUUCUGACUACGACGUGCAGUCGAAGCUUUGGCGUUCGCAACAUUGACUCAAUCUGCUUUAAAUACGAAGGUGUCGAUGGGCCCUCAGGCCCUAUAUACUACGUGCCGACCAACAGUAGCGACUCCACCUGGUUCGCCGUCAGCACGGCGGCACAUUGGCAGCAAAGAGGCAAGGGCCUGGUGCAGUUCUGGGUGUGCACUACCCUAGUUGACAAGGAGGAUGUUACGGGAGAAGGGGGCUUGUUGUUGUGUUUGCAGAAUUACAAUCUGUGGUUAGCAUUUGAUAAUUUGAAGGUUACUGAGCCAUCAUGCGAUUAGCGAUAAAACUUUACUAUCAGGCCUUAUCAUCAUCUGUAGAAAGGUACCUACGAGUACGUACUCGUAGGUAUAAUUGUAUACCUACCUAUUUAGUUCGCCGUGGCAUUUUUCUGUUAUCAGAACGCAGUAGGUCUAGUAAUGAUAGAUUUUUUAGAGUUUAAAAGUUGGUCUGGGCGAUAUAUUGUCUAUAAUGUUACUGUGAGAUGUAGGUUAUCCCUAUGUUUACGUUAUAAAAUAAAAGUUCUUUUAAUAGAA